AUAAAGCAGGCUCAGGACGGGGAGAGGAAACAGCUGACUCAGCUCCGGGAUGUCCUGAAGGCCUCGCUGGGGUCCGAGCAGAAGGAGGACUCGCAGGCCAAGCCCAGCGGGUACAGCCUCCACCAGCUGCAGGGCAACAAGGCGCACGGCACCGAGCGCAUCGGCACGCUCUACAAGAAGAGCGAGGGGCUGAGGAAGGUGUGGCAGAAGAGGAAAUGCUCCGUGAAGAACGGCUUCCUGACCAUCCCCCACGGCACGACUAACAGACCCCCGGCCAAACUGAACCUGCUCACCUGCCAGGUGAAGAGGAGUCCAGACGAGAAGAAGAGCUUCGACCUGUUCUCCCACGACCGCACGUACCACUUCCAGGCCGAGGACGAGGCUGAUUGCCAGCACUGGGUGUCGGUGCUGCAGAACAGUAAGGAGGAGGCUCUGAACAAAGCGUUUAAAGGCGAUCAGGACGAAGGAGAGAACAACAUUGUGCAGGAGCUGACCAGAGCCAUCGUGGAGGAGGUGAAGAGGAUGAGCGGGAACUCCUGCUGCUGCGACUGUGGGGCGCCCGAUCCCACCUGGCUGUCCACUAACUUGGGGGUUCUGAUCUGCAUCGAGUGCUCGGGGAUCCACAGGGAGAUGGGGGUCCACUACUCCAGGAUCCAGAGCCUGGACCUGGACAUGCUGGGAACCUCGGAGCUGCUGUUGGCGAAGAAUGUGGGAAAUGCCAGCUUCAACGAGGUCAUGGAGGCAGAUCUGUCGGCGCCGGACGUCACCAAACCGGACCCCAGCAGCGACAUGCAGGUGAGGAAGGACUUCAUCAUGGCGAAGUACACGGAGAAGCGAUUUGUGCGGCGGCAAUGUGCGGACGCGGCAGCGCAGCUGCAGGCGCUGUACGAGGCGGUUCGAUGCCGGGACAUCCUGUUGCUGCUGCAGAUCUACGCUGAGGGGGUGGAGCUGCGGGAGGCCAUCGACCAACCCAACGAACACGAGCCCGGGGAGACGGCGCUCCACCUGGCAGUCCGGAUGGUGGACAGGAACUCGCUGCACAUCGUCGACUUCCUCGCUCAGAACGGUGGUAACCUGGACCAGCAGACAGCCAGAGGCAGCACAGCGUUGCAUUACUGCUGCCUGACCGACAACAGCGAGUGUCUGAAGCUGCUGCUGAGAGGGAAGGCCUCCGUGUCCAUCAUGAACGAGGCCGGAGAGACUCCGAUGGACAUCGCCAAGCGCCUCCGCCACGCCCAGUGUGAAGAGCAGCUGACUCAGGCGCAGACGGGGAAAUUUAACGUCCACGUUCACGUCGAGUACGAGUGGCGUCUGCAGAACGAAGACAUGGACGAGAGCGAAGACGAGAUGGAGGACAAGCCCAUCCCGACGCGACGUGAGGAGCGUCCGGUCAGCUGCUUCCUGCCGGGCGCUGCCUCUCUGGCCCGGGACAAACCCAGGCCUCAGGUUCCCAGCAUGAUGAUGAACAACGAGACCUACGGCACCAUGAUGGAGCUGCCCCCCCCGGGGCCCCCGCUGCCCCCCCGGGGCCCCAGCAGAGGUAAACCCGUUGCCAUGGAGACCGUGGGGAGACAGCGGUCGUCCUCCGACCCCCCAAACCCUCAGACCCCCGAGAGGAACUCCUCCAUAUACGUGCUCCCACCGGCUCCCCCCCCGCCCGGGAACAGGAGGAUCAGCAUGUUGGAGACCAAGACCUUGUCGAUCAGGAACACGCCCCUCCCGCCCCCGCCGCCCCCCCCCACCAUCCCAUCGCCCCCCCACUACAAAGCCCCGCCCCUCCCGCCCCCCGUCCCACUCCACAAGACCAGCAGACCCCCCGGACCCAGAUCCUCCCCCGGAUCAGUGAGACGUCCUCCGCAGAGACCUCCUCUCAGGACACCAUCUGUGGAUAAACGAGGGUCACAGCCCACAUCCCCCCAGAGUCCUCCGACUCCUAAACCCAGGAGCACUUUCUCCAAGCAGAAGCCUAAGAGGGUGAAGGCGAUCUACAACUGUUUGGCGGACAACGUUGACGAGCUGACGUUCGUGGAGGGCGAGGUGAUCGUGGUGGAGGGCGAGGAGGACAGCGAGUGGUGGGUUGGUCACGUAGAAGAAGACCCGACGAGGAGAGGAGUGUUUCCUCUGACAUUCGUUCACUUCAUCACUGAGUGAUGAGGAGACAUGAGUCAGCAUUAUGGAGACAUGAGUCUGCAUUAUGGAGACACAUGAGUCUGCAUUAUGGAGACACAUGAGUCAGCAUUAUGGAGACACAUGAGUCAGCAUUAUGGAGACAUGAGUCUGCAUUAUGGAGACACAUGAGUCAGCAUUAUGGAGACACAUGAGUCAGCAUUAUGGAGACACAUGAGUCAGCAUUAUGGAGACAUGAGUCUGCAUUAUGGAGACACAUGAGCCAGCAUUAUGGAGACAUGAGUCUGCAUUAUGGAGACACAUGAGCCAGCAUUAUGGAGACAUGAGUCAGCAUUAUGAGUCCUUACAUUUAUUAAAAAAACAUGAUGUUUUAUAAACUAUGCAAUUUAUACAAGAUCUUAUUUUUGAUCCAAAGCUGUAAAAUAAAAGCAGUGAGUAAUUCCCUGUGAGCUGCAGCGAGGAUCGACUGCAAGCCGACAGACACCAGACUGAAUCUUUGUAUUAAGACGUUGUUGUUUCUACCAUCUCCCCCCACUCACAUUAACAUCUGGAGCUAACGCCACCGCCUUCCAUUGGAUAGGAGUUGCUGCUGAGUUUCCACCAUACCACAUACUAGGGAUUUCAGUGAUAAGACCUUAUUCUGAUGCUCUUUGGAAACUACAGUUAUCUACGAUGUAAACAAUUUCUGUAUCAUUCAAAUGGUGGAAAAACGACUUCCUCUCUGUCCCAUGAUUUGGCUCAAAUGUACUUCUUCUUCCCGUUGACUUGCAUUGUAAACCGUCUUCCCUCCAGAAAGAGUCCAGUGUGUUCUCUGUCUCUGUUCAUGAUGUGUCGGCUGAUCUGUGUAUGAGAGAGGGUCUGAUGUGGAUCCACUUUGACUUCAUGUACUCUUUUAUCUUAUAACAGUGUUAUUAAAAACUCCUGAAAUCAC